AACAUGACUGCAGAGGGGUGUUACCACAGACUGGUAUCAGAAAGCGGGUGUAACCCACCAUCAGAAGUGCAGAACUCUCAGACCAGGAGAGUGCAGCAGCUGCUUCAGUGUCUUUUUUGUUUUGUUUGGGGGACUAAAUAUUAAAAGACAUUUUUGCUCUUGAGAGGAUCGUUUUCACCUGCAGAGACUUGGACAGCAGGAAGAGGAGAAGAAGCCGAGGACGGUGAAUGAACACGACACAGGAACAGUGAACAAACCGAAAGUCAAAAGACGCCCGGGGACGAAGAGAAGGACGAAGAGGAGGAGGAAGAGGAGGAGGCAGCUGAUGCCAGAGAAGAGGAGCAAGCGACUGAAGAAGAAAACAAAGAGUGUGUGAACUGUGCAGCUGCAGCCGGAGCCUCAGACACUAUCAGGGAGGAAGAGAAGAGGGAAAGAAAAGGAAGUCACAGUGGAUGAGUGAGCGUCUGGUGUUUGUGAUAUCGGGUUCGAGCAGCGUGGCCCGUGGGAGUCGAGCCUGAGAUCAAUUACACUCAGAGUUAACGAGCUUCUAACAGUCGAUGAGAGAAGAGGUUGAUGAUCACGUCUCCAAUCAAAUGGCGAAGAGGAUGUUUCAUGAAAGUGGCGACGAUGGCCGAUCAGUCAUGGGGAUGUUGACAGUGCAGGUGGAGCGGGACCCGAAGACGGGAGCCACCGUCGUGAAGUCUGUGGCCCCCACGUCAGCCGGGGGGGGCGAGCGGGUCCACACGGUGUUCGACGACGGCAGGAAGAGCAUCCACACUGUGGGGGGGUCAGGAGGUCAACCCUCCACCGAGGAGCUCGGCCAGAUCCUGAGCCUCAUCGACGGGGUCGGGAUGGAGGCGCUGCUGGACGAGGUCACAGUCGUUCCCAACGUGACGGAGGUGAAGACGGAGAAGGUCGAAGCCUCCGGGAUCCUGAAGGAGAAGCUCUCGUCCUUCUCCACCCAUCACGCUGCGUCUAAAGACAACGUGUUGGACAGAAGCUACGUCUUAGAGGCCGAGCCGAGCGUCGAGGACAGCGGUAGAAGAGAGGACAUCAUGGCUGGUGGAGACGUGGGAAUAGAGGACGUGGACGACCCGAGGUUGAAGGACGGCCCCGUGACUCUUUUGUUCCUGGGAUACACGGACGCCACAUCCGGCCAAGGCGACGGCCAAGAGGAGGAAGAAGGGAUGCUCACCGUGGAGCGAGUCAUCAUCACCGAGGACGGAGAGGAGUACCUGAUGGAGCCUGAAACAGCUGCUUCACCUCCGUCAGGGUCGAACGAGGCAGCAGAGCAGGAGGUGGAGAGAGAGCUUCAGGACGUUCCCCUGGAAGGAGCUGGAGCUAAAGUCCAGAGAGAGGACGGGGACAAGGGGCUGCGUGAACCAUUGUCCCCCAGCAGCGCAGAGACAGGAGACACCUCCAAGCCCAAGACCUGCCGGUGCUGCUCGGUCAUGUGAGAGAAAGACUCUGGACUCAGUCCUGUUUCAAACCUCUGUGCCUCUCACCACACACCACUGCUUCAAUGAUCAUCUAUCUAAGUGCACACCAGUAUGAGCCCAUCAGGGUCCCAGUGGUUUGUCCCUCAGCUCGGACCCCUUCACUUUGUCCUAGAACCAGUGCCUCAGGAUGUUUAAAGACCUUUUAAUAAGAGGUGUGAUUAAAGAGCCACUUCCACCCCCUGGUGGACAAAGGGGAGCACUUCAGUAUUCCCUCCUGCAGCGGUGCAGUCUCACCUCAAGUGACCUUUUCUUUCUCUACAUUGGGAUUUGUCAUAUUUCCUUAAAAGCCAGAAACUAUUCCAUCUGUUUAAAAAAAACCAAAGAGGACUGGGAGAGGAAAGACAUUUACAGUUUGCAGCAUUAAGAGGAUUAAUCAUGGUUUAAUUGAAUUUAAUUAAUCAAUCAAUCAGAUCUUAUUUGUAUAGCCCAUAUUCACAAAUCACAAUUUUACUCAUAGAUCUUAACAACGUGUGACAUCCUCUGUUCUUAACCUUCAACAAGAGAAAUGAAUACUUGAUGAAGAAGAAUCCGAAACACUGAGGACGAGAUGUGAGUCGUUUCUGGAGGUUCUAUGUGACCUCAGUAUUUCUACAAUCUGGAUUACGUCCUGUUUACUGACGUGUUUUAUUAUGGUCUCACUGGGACCUGGUAUGAAACAGAUUCAUUACAUUGGCUGUUUACUGGAAUAUAUGCUUAUUAAAGAAAUAUAUAAUUGUG